AUGAGUUCAAAUUCGUCUAGGAGAUCAGGGUCUCCCAACCCUGAAGUACUUCAAAGACCCACGGCUAAGAGAUCACCGUCUAUUUUGGUGACUGAUUCCAGAACGCAUUAUGUGAAAGGAGCUAGAGCUCCAUUCGCAGGACAUAAUUAUAAGAAGCAACAGCAACAGCAACAACAACAACAAAGUAAAUACACUGAUAUAUCAGUUGAUAAGUUAUUAAGUAAUUCAAGUGAUAUUCCAUCAGGUCAGAGUAGAUUACCAUCAUUAAUAUCAAGUACCAUCAGAAGUUCAUCACCUUACGGUAGGAAUUUAUCUCCACAAUUACAACCUCAACCAUCAGAUGCUUCAUUAAGAAGAAAUAUUAGAAGCAUACCAAAAUUAUCCCAAUCAUUACCAUCAAGAACAUCGAAGACAUCACAGAAAUUGGUGUUGAUUCCUGAACAACAAAGAUAUAAUUCACCCCCACCCCAAUCUGUUCCAUCUCUGUUGAAUACUCCUCAGGAUUUACAAAGUCAAAUACAGAGAUCAAGAGCUGAACUUAUGCCUAAAGAUGUAAGAGCUCAAGAAUUUAGUAGAAUGACAGCUUAUUUCAUUUGUGAACAAUUCAAUUUAGUGGCUGUAUCUAAAUUCUUAAGAGAAAAUCAUGAAGUGAAGCCUAGAAUGUAUGAUGAAGCAUUAUAUGUUCCAUAUGCUUUACCAUUAUUACCUGGUUCAGAAGGAUUUAGAGUUAAAUCAAAUAAUUCAACUAAACUUCAAGCUAAUAAAAGAAUUAUGGAAAAAUUAAUUAAUAGAAGUGAACAAGCAAAUCAUUUAUACGAAUAUUAUUCUGGAGUUGAAACUCCUGAAGAUGCCAAUAAUUAUUCUAUGGAUCCUGAAUUGGAAAAUUUUGAUAAUUCUCCAUUUGAUCCAUCUGAACCUCAAUUUUUUGCUCCACCAUUGGAAACUAGCAGGAUUAGUGAAGAUGGUGUAAAUAGCAUAAUCAGUGUUAAUAGCACUGAAUCCCCUAAUUCCGUUCAUUCACCAAAUAAUGAACCUGCAUCUGAUAAGAAAUCAAAAGAACCUGAAACCAGUGAAAGAACUGAAGAAAGAGGAUCUCAUUCAGUUCAUAAUCAAUCAGAAAUCUCUAAACAUCAUGCUGAAAUGUUUAUCUUUGCAUAUGGGAUUGUUGUAUUUUGGAACUUUUCCGAAAUUCAUGAGAAGAAUAUCUUGGCUGAUUUGGCAUUUGCAUCAGAUGAACCUGAACCAUUAUUAAUCAAUCCAAUUGAUGAACAAGAUAUUGAAACUGAAGAAUUCCAUUUCGAAUAUGAUGGUCAAUUACAACGUCCUAGAAUAUAUAAUGAUAUGAUCACAUUAAGAUCGGGUGAUCAUUUGAUCAAACUAACUAUGUCGCAUGCUAUAGCCCAACUGACCAAGCUUUGUUUAUUUGAGAGUAGAAUGGUUAAUGUAUUACUGCUGAUUUCAAAAUUACCAAAAAAAUUAGCAUUAACCGGUCGAUUAGGUUUAAAGAGAACUCAAUUGUUAAAGAAAUCAGGAAAACUUUUCAAACUAAGAGUAGAUGUUAACCUUUCUAGUUCAAUCUUAGAUACUCCUGAUUUCUUCUGGUCUUUUGAACCAGCUUUACAUCCUCUCUAUAAUGCUAUUAGAGAAUAUCUUGAAAUCGAUCAAAGAGUUCAAGUUUUAAAUGAUAGAUGUAAAGUCUUCUUAGAAUUCCUGGAUAUCGUCAGCGAUAGUAUGAAUGAGAAGAAUACCAACAGGAUAACCUGGAUGAUUAUCGUUAUCAUCUUCUUAAGUUUAUUCGUUAGUUUAUUUGAAUUCUUAUUAGAAAUAAUUUAG